AUGAAGUCGUUGUGGUUCAUAAAAGUCUCGAAGAACAGCCUGAACAAUCGCUUUGUACCUUGGGAUCGCAUACGAACUGAAGCGAUUUUAUCUCUGGAUGAUGAUAUCGAUUUGAAGCAACAUGAAAUCAUCUUUGCCUUUAGGGUAUGGAGGGAGAAUCGUCAUCGUAUCGUGGGAUUUCCAGCUCGAUAUCAUGCUCGCUAUGGUGAUGAGAUGUACUACAACAGUAAUCAUACCUGUCAAUUAAGUAUAAUAUUGACUGGAGCUGCAUUUUUGCACAAGUCCCAAUUGAAGUGA